AUCUUUCUCUUCUUGGAUACCGAGCACGCGACUUCCGUGUUCUUUGAGUCAACCCACUUGAUCAUUGCUCAAAAUGUCGACACCUUGGGAAGACCGACGUGGUAUGUUCCAGAGAGGGAAGGAGGUGCAUGAGCCAGCCAGACGGCCAUCUCAGAGCGGUGGCGUGAUUGAUGCUGUCAGAAGGGCUUCUGUCAGCAGUCAGUCGUCUGUCACCAAAUCACCCAGCAAUGGUCCUGCUGCAGCGCCUGCAUCGCCAACCGGACAAAGGAGACGGUCUUCCACAGCGUCUCAGGGCCUGUUUGGCAACUUGACGCAGCACAAGCGAGGGAGCGAAGACUACGAGGCACGGCGGGCAAGCCACACCGAACAAAUGAUGUCUGGAGGUGUGAUUGGUGGUUGGUUCAACAAGACCUUCCGCGGUGUUGGGAAGCCAGCAGAUGCACAAGAGCCAGGAAAGGACAGCAAGCGUGGAGUCAUGGAGUGAGUGCAUGAUAGGGUUCCAGAGACGUGAGCGAAAGAGAAUGAUCGCAUGCACCGUUACCUCCACUCUCUUCGAAAAGGGGGGAGGCUCUGGAGGGAAUACUGUACGACGAAUGUAUGAGUACACACAAGGCUGUUCGCGUCCGUACACGCACGCCCUUUCCGACGGCUGAGCCUGUCUGCGUAUCUCGAUCGGGGAUUGGCAUUGUUCUCGUGAGGCAAGCGUGCUGCCGACUUCGUAGACGUGGCGCGAUGCUUUGAGUGGUGAGGUAUGUGUCGCCGCCGUGUGGUCAUCGCGCGGUGUGCUAGUGAAAGCCGUCGAAAGGUGGUGGUGUAUUGACUCACGCCAAAGCAAUCGUCUUGCAG